AUGUCUUGCAAAACGGUAUUAGCUUCGGAAAUAGCACAGGGCUACAGAGACCACGAAACUUCUCAAGAAGCGCGUCUUUUCCUCUUUAUAUUUGCUGCCACGGCCUUCGUCCGAGACGAAAUGAAAAACUAUAUAUCCUCAAAAGGAAUUCGUCCUAAACUUGUUGGAUUUUUGGCAAAUGAUGAUCCGGCCGCAGUAAAAUAUGCAAAAUGGACGGGAAAGUCUUGUCAAGAUAUUGGAGUGGAAUUUGAACUACGUGAAUGUCCUCGUGAGGACUUGGAAAGUCAGGUUAUGGAAGCAAAUGAGGAUAAAAGUGUGCAUGGGAUGAUAAUUUAUUAUCCGGUGUAUGGAGAUCGACAGGAUCAAUAUCUUCAAAAUGUAGUUGAUUAUCGCAAAGAUGUCGAAGGUCUAUGUCACAUGUACGUCUCUAAUAUGUAUCAUAAUAUUAGGCAUAUUGACAAAGACGAGACUAAAAAGAGUAUAAUUCCGUGUACACCAUUGGGAAUUGUAAAGGUUCUUGAGUAUAUAAAAGUUUAUAAUCCUGUUCUUCCAUACGGUAAUCGACUAUAUGGACGUGUCAUUGGGAUAAUUAAUCGAAGUGAAGUUGUCGGACGACCAUUAGCAGCAUUAUUAGCUAAUGACGGAGCAAAAAUAUAUUCUAUCGAUAUAAAUGGUGUCGAAAUAUUUACGCGUGGGACCGGAUUAAAGUGGCAUAUGCAUAAGGUGCAAAAAACAAACCUGCAAUUAGAGGAAGUAAUACCUCAAUGCGACGUAGUCAUAACGGGUGUCCCAUCCAAAUCCUAUAAACUCUCGACAGACCUGCUACGUGAUGGCGUGGUUGCUAUAAAUUUUUCAGCAUACAAGAAUUUUGAGGAGAAUGUCACCGAGAAAGCUAGUAUAUAUGUGCCGGCUGUUGGUAAAGUCACUAUUGCCAUGUUAGAACGAAAUCUUUUACGAUUAUACGAGUAUUUUCAUUUGAAUUCGAAUGAUUCGACUAUCGUUAUAUUUAUUGAUAAUUUAAGCAGAUCCAGACAGCCAAUUAAAAAAAAUGAAAAUCUUGUGAUUAUUAAUAAUGCGAUAACGAAUAAAUCCACGUUUAUAUGUAAACGAAAGAUGAAACAAUAUCUCUCAAUGCAAAUAAUUUCCAACGUUCUUAAACUCACGAUAAUACCUACUCCACAAGUGCUGCCGCAAUUUCAACAAAAAACAACUAAAAUUUUACCAAUUGUAGCGACAAGGUCAUUAUCAAAUAAACCAGAAUCAAAUGAUGGAAAGAAACAAAAGGGUCGAGAGAAAGAAAUUAGUUUAUCCGACAAGGACUGGUACAUGAUUAAGAGAGUAAAACGUCCCAUAUGGUCAAUUGAGGACGAGAAAAAACUUUUAGAAGCGUGUGAAAAAUAUGGGCGAAAAUGGAGUGUGAUUGCUAAAGAAGUAUUUGGUAUGACGCAUGAAGCAAAUAGUAUACGAACAAAGUAUCUGUAUUUGAUGAAAAAACAAGGAAUCCCGGACACUGUUAACACACGACAUAUUUGGACUCAAAAAGAAGAUAUUUUGCUGUGCAAAGCCGUGGAGGAAAUAGGUGUGGGGAAAUGGAAAGAAAUUGCGAAAAGAAUUCCCGGAAUCUCAAAUAUCCAAGCACGUGUACGUUGGGCACUAUUAAGUAAAUCGAAACGCGGGCAAUGGACGCCCGAAGAAGAUCAGAAGCUUUUAGAGCUAUACAAAAAACAUAAUGGAAAUUGGACAAGGAUUUCCGAAGAUAUGAAUAGACCUCCAUCCGUAAUUCGAACACACUACGAAAUAUGUACUAGACCCAAUCGCCAAGUUAGUUAUUGGUCUCAAGAGGAAAUCGAGGCGUUAAAGCAAGGGGUAAAAGAAUAUGGAAAUCAAUGGGAUUUGAUUAUGAAACGAUUACCUGGCAGAUCAAUGAUUUUGGCAAAACGUUUGCUACAAGAUUCGCCAAGGUUAAAUCCACAUGCUAAUGUGGGAAGAUGGUCUCAAGCGGAGAUUAAGCGGUUGCGUGAGGGAUACAAAAAAUAUGGAAAUCAGUGGAUUAAAGUUGCAAAAGUAGUUGAUACACGAACGCCAAAACAAUGUUGGCGAUAUUGGUCAGAGAAAGUAAAAUAUCCGGACAAAAAGCCUUUUCGGUUUAUUUCGGGUUUACCAAUAAAACAAGAACAAAAGGAUGAGGUUCUGGAUCAAGAUCAGACAGAAGAUAAGUAA